CUCCGCCUACGAGGCGGUCUGUUUCCAGGUGAGAGGGCAGGACGGAAUGGCGGCGGCAAAAGAUCAGGGUAAUGAAGGUGAUCAGUUUGAAGUGUUGGAUUUGGCUGAAUAUGCCAAACGACAAAGAUGGUGGAACCGAUUCUUUGGAAGAAACUCUGGACCUAUUGCUGAGAAAUAUACAGUAGCAACACAGUUGAUGAUUGGAGGAGCCAGUGGAUGGUGUGCAGGCUUCCUCUUUCAGAAAGUUGGAAAAUUAGCUGCAACUGCAGUUGGUGGAGGCUUCUUCUUGCUACAGGUUGCCAAUCACACAGGAUACAUCACUGUUGACUGGAAACGAGUAGAGAGAGAUGUGAACAAGGCAAAGAAACAGUUGAAAAUUGGAAAAAAUAAGGUUACUUCGGAAGUACACGGUGCAUUUGAUGAGGUGACCGUGUUUGUGAAAAAGAAUAUUGUCCUCACGGGUGGUUUUGUUGGUGGCUUCCUAAUUGGACUUGCAUCAUGAAGAUUAUUUGAAGAUGAUAUUUUGACUGAAGAACUAUACUCCAUAAUUACUUCCAUCCCUAUCCUCAAAAGCAUUUAUAGAUUGUGUGCAUUGUGUAGGGAAUGAGUGCCCUGCAGAUCAGUGCUGAGCAAGUGGCUUCAAUAUAUUGUACUGAAGGAAAUUUGGCAUUACUGAAUUCCUGGUUUUGUGAUGCUUAACGAUUUAAAUCGCCAACAUUUGUUUGUCUUAUUUUUGGAACUAUAAUCAAAAUGCAUGGUUGCACUCAUUAAGGAAUUAGACAUACAUUUUAAUCUGACGCAUUCACAAUAUGAUCACACAUUCAAGAUGCGGAAUAAAGAAAUCUUGUUUUAUGUUGUUUAGAAAUUGAACUUUUAAUCCCGUGUAAAUUCUGAACUAAAAAUUACCUGUUUUUGCAUGUUUGUUAAACUACAUGGCACUAAUAAUAUGUUGUUAAAAAUAGCUGUUUAUGAAGAUUACACACUCCCUAUGCUGACACUUUAUGAGGAAUGGAAGUUAAUUCGUUAGCGCAGCUGGCAGCAUGAUAUGGAUGUAUUGACAAAUUCAAUACGAUGUGUUUAAAAGGCCAAAUGCCUGGGAUUGUUGAAAAGUAAAAAUGCAGUCUUAGAAGCUAAGUUGAAUUUUUAAGCUCCCAUUUUCUUCUCUUGCUUUGUCCUUUGAAUAUCAUUGCUGUGUUCUAAUUUUUUGAUGUCACUCCCAGGUAUCUUUUCUGACAUUAAUUGUUUCAAAUCAUGUGCUCCUGAGCAAAACCUGCUUUAUUAUAUGCAUUUUCACACCUGGCUGCUUAUCGAUCCAUUGCUGCAGUGCAGCUCGGAAUUAGAACUUGCUAUGCCUCAGCAUUUAGAAAGUAAGAAUAAUUUAUAGAUGUCAAGUACCCCAUUUCAUGGUAAAAGGUACUGUGGCAAUCUAUAUCAUAUUAACAUUAGAAACUGUUAAUCUGUGUCAUGUCACUGCUUUGUGAUGCUUGCCUUUAACUACCGUUGUACCAUCGAGUCAGGUCCAAGGUUUGUGUCUAACUCUGGGGACUUCAUUGCAACCCUUGUGUGAUUGCUGAAUUGAUGAAGCUGCUGUCUUUCCACUGUAAGUUGCAGUGAGGCUCUAUCUGUUCUCGGGUGGACAUGAAAGACCCCAAUGGUGCUUUCUGCAUAUGAAUUUAUCUCACUGAGUGGAGUCGUGUUGUGUGUAAACUUUUCUGAAUCAGUUUGAGCAUACAAAGCACUUAAUUGGCUAUGGAGGUAUUUGAUACAUUGGAACAUUUUACUGCAACUGUCAACAUGAACAUUAAAGUGAGCGAACUGUAUUGGCAGCCCACAUUAACGAGUUUUCCAUAUGAAAACGGAAGAUAGGGCAGGAGUGUGCAUUUAUGGAGCAGAUUCUAAAAACCUGUACAUCUUUAAUACAUUUAUACUAAUAAUUGGAUAAAUUGCUGAUUUAAAAAAAAUUUAUAGCCCUCCACAUAGUUUUGCCUAUACAAUUCAGAAUUGAUAUUGAACAGAAUUCCACUAUGACCUAA